UUUCCUCAGAGCUCCAGUGAGUGGGGAUGAAGGAAGCGUUGUGCUCGUCUUCGUCACCUCCUCGCCGCGGCCCCUGAAGCCUCGGCGGCUCCACCUCGCUCAGACCAGAGUGCUCAGAGUUCAGAGUUCCUGUCUCUUUAAGGGUGGCUCUCCCUCCGCGCUAACGCUGCUCAUAUUCCGUCUGCAGAGACGCUGGAGUCCUGAUCUGCUCUGGAGGCUGAGCCAAGACGAGAGUUUCAUCAUGGACAAGAAUCCGGAGUUUGAGUCGUCGGAGGGAGAAGAAUCGAGCCGCGACACGGUGAAGCCGCAGGACCAGAACAAAGACCAGAACCUGGAACAGGACCAGGACAAGGACCUGGGCCAGGACCAGGAACAGGAACAAGACCAGGAAGAGGACCAAGAACCGGAGGAGGAGGACGAGAACGGCGCCGUUGGGGAGAACGGCGUGCAUCGUGACGGAGACGCCGCCGACGCUCGGCCGAUAAAGACGGAGGCCGAGGACCCGGAGGCCGAGGAGACGGGGGGCCCCGAGGGCCGCGAGGACCACCAGCCGUAUCUGCAGGAGGAUCAGGACCAGGACCACGACCAGGACGUCCUCCUGAAGGAGGAGGGCGUCAGCGAGGACGGUUUCGACGAGGACGAGGACCGGGACGUGGAGGGGGACGAUGAAGCCCCGGCGGAGCCGCAGGACCUUUCCACGGCGGAGUACAGCCGCUACGACCACGACGCGGCGGCGGUGGGAGAGGACCAGGUCCAGGACCAGAACCAGGACCAGGACCAGGACCAGGACCAAGACCAAGACCAGGUCCAGGGGCCCGGCGGCGCCGGACGGGUCCCAGCGGCGGGGGGGAAGCUCAGCUGCGACAUCUGCGGCCUGUCCUGCAUCAGCAUCAACGUCCUGCUGGUGCACAAGCGCAGCCACACGGGAGAGAGGCCCUUCCACUGCUCUCAGUGCGGCGCCUCGUUCACCCAGAAGGGAAACCUGCUGCGCCACAUCAAGCUGCACUCGGGGGAGAAGCCCUUCAAGUGCCCCAUGUGCAGCUACGCCUGCCGGCGCCGCGACGCCCUGAGCGGGCACCUGCGCACCCACUCCGUGGAGAAGCCGUUCAAAUGCAACAACUGCAGCCGCAGCUACAAGCAGCGGAGUUCCCUGGAGGAGCACCGCGAGCGCUGCCACGUGUUCGCGCCGAGCAGAGCCCCGGCCGAGAGAGAGGACGUCCACGCCGCCCGGCCCCCCGUGGGCCCCGAGCGAGCGCUGCUGCUGGACCGGCUCGCCAGCAACGUGGCCAAGCGGAAGAGCACCAUGCCGCAGAAGUUCACCGGCGACAGCGACGUCUGCCUGGACCUGAGCUUCAACAGGGACCUGGUCCCGCGCUCGGACGGGAAGGACCUGCUGGGGGGCUCGUCAGGGCCCGACGCCCACCAGCAUCACCCGCCGGUGCUCCCCCGCCAGGACCUCGACCCGCCGCCCGCCAAGCGGCCCUACUCCGUCCCGCUGAACCGCGCCGACGUGGGCGGCAUGAGCCUCACCAACGGCCACAAGCUGGGCCUGCCGCUGCUGGGCCUCCCGCCCGGCGUGGACCCGUUCCUGGCCGACGGCCCCCACGGCCCCCACGGCCCCCACGGCCCCCAGGGGCCCCUGGCCUUCAGCUUGGGCCACCUGCUGGGGAACGGGGGCCCCCACCCGCACGCCCCGCCGCUGGCGCUGUCGCCCGUGGACGCGCUGCGGGUGCUGCGGGCCGACGGGGACGGCGGGGCGCCGCCCGGCGCCGUGUACCCCUGCGGCCACUGCAGGGUGGUCUUCCUGGACUACGUCAUGUUCACCAUCCACAUGGGCUGCCACGGCUUCCGCGACCCGCUGGAGUGCAACGUGUGCGGCCACCGCAGCCGCGACCGCUACGAGUUCAGCUCACACAUAGCGCGCGGUGAGCACCGCCUGGACCUGAAGUAGCCGACGGACGGACGGACGCGUCCAAGACGCCGCUGGCGAGGAGGCCGAGUGUGUGUGUGUGUGUGUGAGAGAGACGUUAUAGGACUGUGGUGAUAUCCAUGGUCGUCUCCAUGGUGAUAUUAGGGCAGGGCGAUUUUGGACAAAAAUAAAAUCCAGAUUUUUUUCUCUGAAAACCCGAUUUUCGAUUUCGAUUUCGAUUUUUUUGGUAAAACUACAAAAGACAAUGGAAUAAAUUGUUUCAAAUAUUUUAUCUUUAUUUUUAAAGAAAAAUAGCAAACAAAUUUCCCUAUUGGGAAUGAAGUGCAACUGAAAGAUCCUGUAAAUCCUCCUUGAGUUUAGUAAAGUGACAACAUUUACAAUUUUCUUGACCAAACAAAGAUGACUAGACGCAUGCAGCCAGCUACAAAAAAGGAAAACCGAUUUUCCGAUUUUCCUUUUUUUAACAUCGAUUGUGAUUAAUAAAUCCGAUUUAGAUUUAAAAUCGAUUAAUCACACAGCCCUAAGUGAUAUCUAUGGUGAUCUCUACGGUCGUCUCCAUAGUGAUAUUCACGGUCGUCUCCAUGGCGAUCUCUACGGUCGUCUCCAUGGUGAUCUCUACGAUCGUCUCCAU